ACCUUUUUCAAGUCAUAUGAUGAGAACCGGCACAGCGCUUCUAUCGUUCGCAAGAAUGGCUACUGUAAAGUUGAAUAACGGCUUGGAAAUGCCAGUCCUUGGACUUGGCACGUGGAAAAGCAAACCAGGACAAGUUGAGAAUGCUGUAAAAUUCGCAAUCAAAGAAGGAUACCGGCACAUCGAUUGCGCGUAUGCCUACAGAAAUGAGAAAGAAGUUGGGGAUGCGCUCCGAGAACUUUUGGGCUCCGUUGUUGAGAGAAAGGACCUCUUUAUAACCUCCAAGCUAUGGAACACCAAGCACAACCCAAAAGAUGUUCGUUCCAACUGCGUGGACUCCCUCAAGGAUCUUGGCCUCGAUUACCUGGACCUGUACCUCAUACACUGGCCAUUGUCAUUCAGGGAUGGUGAUGAGUUCUUUCCGAAAGAUGAGCAAGGAAAUGUCUUAUAUGCUUACCAUGACCCUUGCGACACUUGGAAGGCCAUGGAGAAACUUGUUGACGAGGGUCUUGUUAAAGCAAUUGGUUUGUCUAAUUUUAACAGUAAGCAAGUAGAUGAUAUCUGUGCCAUAGCAAGAAUCAAGCCUGUGGCUAAUCAAGUAGAAUGUCAUCCAUUACUAAACCAAGCAAAGCUUAUAGACCACCAUAAAAAGCAUAACAUUCAGACCAUUGCAUACAGUCCCUUAGGCUCUCUAGAUCGCCCCUGGGCCAAACCAGAUGACCCUCAUGUCAUGAGAGAUCCAACCAUGGUCGCACUGGCAGACAGGUACAGCAGGACAGUUGCUCAGAUCUGCAUUAGGUUUCAGAUACAAAGGGGAGUUCUUGUCAUUCCUAAAAGUGUUACACCAGAAAGGAUCAAGUCUAAUUUUCAGGUUUUUGACUUUGAGUUGUCACCUGAAGACAUGGCUACAAUAGAGGGCUUGAAUCGGGACUGGAGGGCUUGCCUUCCCAUGAAAAAGCUGGCUGAUGGAACUAUGGUUCCCAGGGAUGGAGAACACCCUCACUAUCCAUUCAACAUACCUUUUUGAUUUUGCUUUAGGAUUUUUUAGGAUUAUUUCAUGGUGGGUGACAAAGUGUGUGUGUGUAAAUCAGGAGUAUCAAUGAGUUUAGACUAAAUGCAUGCAUCUCAACGUUGUUUGCUACUGUAAUAAUCAGACUCUCUUCAUGUCAAUAAAACUGCUUUUACAAAUAUGUAUCUACUGUCCAUGAAAAGGUGGAUAGACUCAAGCUGUGCCUCUCAUAUGUGAAAGCCUGUGAGUAAGAACCUAGGAUGUAAGAUCCCAUUAGGCUAAAAACCGACUGUUACACACCGUUAGCACUAGUAGAAUGAAGGCUAUACAGUCUGUUGCAGACCAGUGUAUAUCCUUUGAGGGUUGGAUAUUUCUUUAUGCUGAUUAGGGUAAACCCAGUAUUAAAUCAAAUAUAAAAUAUAUGGAGAAAAGUAAAGGUUUGGAAAGUUUUCCAGUCUGAAGAGGGGCACCUUUUCUGCUAAACUUGUUGCUGGCUUGUUACUUGUCAAAUAAAAUAUCCUACAUGUCA